AUGAACAUUCUCCCCAAGAAGAGCUGGCAUGUCCGCAACAAGGACAAUGUGGCUCGGGUGCGGAAAGACGAGGCCCAGGCUGCAGAAGAGGAGAGAGAGGCCAAAAGAAGAGUGGAGCGAGCAGAACAAGAGGCUCGUACAGAGUAUAUGAGGAGGAAAGCUCGGUGUGCACUUGAUGCCGCAGGGGUGACCAGGACUGAAGGAGGAGGAGAGAGUGGAGGGGGCACAUCUGAACAUCUGAACCUGUUUCCUCUGGAGGAGUCCUCAGAAAAGAAGGGAAACGAGGAGUAUAUCAAAGACAAGAAGGAUGAGAAGGAAAAGCAGGAACGUGCAAUUGGUUUACUGGUGUCACUGGGACCACAGCCCGGAGAGGAGGUGACCCCCUGGUACAUGAAAACCAGCUCCGAAAAAAGUGAAGAGAGCAAAGAGAGUAAAGAGACCAAGGAGAGCAAGGAGAGCAACAAGAGAACACCACUGUCAGAGGAGGAGCGGGAGAAGAGGCAGCGGCGUCUGAAGAACUUGUUAGAUCCUCUGAACGACAUGAGGAAAGGUCUCGGCAUCAAGGACAGAAAAGAACAUAAGAGCAAGAAGAAGGAAAAACACGACCGUGGACAGAAGAGGAUUCACGGAGAGAGCUCCAUAGAGAGGCUGAGGGCGGAGCGUCUGCAGAGAGAGGCGGAGGAGCGGAGGAGGGCGCAGGCUCUGAUCGACCAGAGAAAAGGAAAAGGAAAAGAAGACGCAUCCAAGAACAUAAACGACAGAGAGCGACCGUACAACAACGCGUACUUCCCUGAACUCGCCCGCAAACGACAGAGGAGAGAUAGAGACAGCUGGAGGGACGAAAUCUUGAAAUCCUGA